CUCGUCUUUCAGACAGACUGUUUUUGCUGCAGUGAACGGCAGCCGUGGAGAGAGAGCGAGAGAGAGACAAGCGAUACAAACACAGAGUGAGGGAGAGAGAGAGAGAGAGCACGGGAGGAAAAAGCAAGAAAAACAAAGAGUCAGGAGAAGGAACAAGGAGAUAAAAAAGUCGAUAAAAACAGAUUGAGAGAAGGCUCCGGACGAGCGACUGCUGCGCAUCAAAGGAGUGACCGUACUGGGGACCUUAUUGGAGACCAGCGCCAACAUAACCCGACUCCGGAGGCGGAAUAUAACGGUGACACUCCAGAGCUCCUCUGCCCUCCUGAGGAUUCAGUGAGACAGGCGGAUCUGUGCGCCCGACCAUGGCCUUCCCAUCAGCCCCCUCCGCAUUAUGGAGUGUCAGCUUAUUGACAGUACUAUUCGCAGCUGCGGUUCACAGCAACAUUAUCUACGACGACGACCCCUUGCAGCCAGUGACCUCAGAUGAGAUGGUGUCUGUGGGGGGCACGGUGACACUGACCUGCCGGGUGCCCGAGAGCGAUAACUCCUCACUGCAAUGGUCCAACACCGCACAACAGACCCUGUACUUUGGAGAGAAGAGAGCGCUGAGAGAUAACCGCAUCCAGCUGCACCGCUCGACACCCACCGAGCUUUCCAUAACCAUCGCCGACGUGCAGCUGUCCGACGAGGGCGAGUACACCUGCUCCAUCUUCACCAUGCCGGUCCGCACCGCCCGAGCCACAGUCACUGUGCUAGGUGUGCCCGGUAAACCUCAGAUCUUGGGCUUUGAGAAUCCAGUGCCGGAGGGGGGCAAAGUCACCCUGACCUGCACCAGUGCAGGCAGCAAACCCCCUGCCAGGCUGCGCUGGUUCCGAGAUGACCAGGAGCUGGAAGGACGUCCAGACGUGGUGGAGUCCGUUCCAGACAAUCCCACAUACAACGUGAGCAGCGAGCUCACCCUGGAUGUGAGCCGCGAUGACGACAAUGCCCUCAUCACCUGUGCUGUCGACCAUCCCUCUCUCGCCCCGGGGGACAAGAGGAACGUGUACACUCUGCGGGUGUUGUAUUCUCCUAAUGUAGAGAUCGUGCCUGAGAGCGAUCUGCCUAGAGAGGGGGAGAAGUUUUAUCUUCAGUGUAAAGGCAACGGCAACCCUGAGCCCACCUCCUACACGUGGGAGAAGAAGGAUGGAGAGCUCCCCCCUCUGGCCAAAGCCGACAGUGCUUUCUUGCGUUUCGAGAUGCUCAACAAAUCAGAUAAUGGCGUCUACCUCUGCCAUGCCGACAACGGCAUAGGAAACAGCCAGGGGGAGUACAAACUCCUGGUGCAAGACAUCCAACAAUCCAUCUACCCAUUCACUUCAGAAGAUGCUGCAGGCAACAUUACAGACCCCACAGCCAUGUCAACCUCUUCAGGGGUGGACCACGCCGUGAUUGGAGGGGUGGUGGCUGUUAUUGUCUUCAUCCUGCUCUGCCUCCUCAUCGUCCUCGGCAGAUACCUCAUCAGACACAAAGGAACAUACCUGACCCACGAGGCCAAGGGCUCGGACGACGCCCCCGAUGCAGACACGGCCAUCAUCAACGCAGAGGGAGGCCACUCCGGAGCAGAGGACAAGAAGGAGUACUUCAUCUAGAUAGAGGAAUGGAGCAUUGGAGGAAAGGAGCGGGAGGAAGGGGGGGGAAGAGGAAAAGCUGGAAGACGUGGAUUAGAAGAGUGGGGAGGAGUGACGGGGAAAAAAAACCUCCAUUUGUUUUCACGACGCUUCAGUUCUUCACUCGGUUGGAGGGAUGAUGGGAGGGGACGGGAGGGAAAGAACUGUGGGCAGGAUAAAGCGAUGAGUUGAGCUUCAACUGGUACUACCCUCUUUGCAUUGAUACAGGGAAGUGAGAUUUUGCACUGACACACGGACGAACUGAAGUUACACACUCAAACACACACACACAAACAUACAUACAUGAGUCGGUUUUGGGGGAAACUCCUCACACACAGACUUGAAUGCUCGUAGAUGCUCAGAUUAACAAACACGAGCCUCCUACUCUACUAACACGUCUGAAAUAUUUCUGAAUGACACAUUAACACAUUUUUACACAGGCAUCGUAUCCUACUUCUAACUGUCAGCGCCUCGAAAAAGCAAAAUUGUAACUCACAUUCCGGCAUCCCGAGCUGAUACUUCACUUCUCACACCUCGCCAACCUCGUCUACUCGACAUUUAAACCAAACCAGCUCUGUCUUUUCACGUUUUUGUCCUCAUUCUUUUCAUCUAACAAGGCGGUAUCCCUCUGUAAACAUUCUAGUGGCAGAGAAAUCCAUCCAAAGCAAAUUACUACUGACAAACAUAAUCUCCCUCUCUCGCAGUUUAAUCUUUUUAUGCCAUCAAACCUCUUCCUGCAUCCUCUCAAACCCCUGGUACAGGCCGUCGAAUUUCCCACAUCGCAGCACCAUACGACAUGCAACACUCAUGCAAAAAUAGCAUUCCCGCCUUGCGCUACCAAGCCGAGGGGCUCCAGUAUACAUAUAUAAAUAUAUAUAUAUAGAAUUAUAUAGCAUUCUUUUUACUUGACAGAAAAUGUUUGGUGUGCUGUAAAUACACUCUCUCUCUCUCUCUCUCUCUCUGUCCUCUAUCUCGGUCUAUCCCUCUUCUCUUUCUCUCUACAUUUCCCUCUCUCCUGUAUCUCAUACAGUCUGUUACUGCAUUACAGUGACUUAUAUACUCUAAAAAAAAAAAAAAAAGCCUGCCUGUUUUUAUUACAUGCGUGGAAAUGCAGAGUCAAAACUAUCAAUAUCUGGGAAAAAAUAUAAAAAUAACGACGAUGAUGUUGCGAUGAAAACUAACCUUAACUGCAAAUAUUUGUAAGAGGAACAUUUUCCUUCUUUUCUUUCUUUUUCUUUUUUUUCCCCUUUGGUUUUUUGGGGACUUAUGAGAGAUUUCCUCUCGUCAGUGUCUCAGUGUGUUACUGUCAGUGUUAACAGUUUACAGUGUCUGUCGGUUUGUCAGUCCAGGAGUCCAUACAUCUAAUUUUCCAACUUGUAUUUCGAUUUUGAGUUUUAAAGCUUUUGAUGCUAUUUCUUUACUUUUCUUUUGAGCGCCACGUUCAGUGUGGCCGUUUUCUCCCUGCUCUGUCGGCCCUUUACUCCCAAACACUAAACUGUAGCAAAACCUCGGUCGAACGCAGCUUCGAAAAGGUGUCAAAGUGUUUGGUGGAGUUUUCCUGGAGUAUCACUGCCCGGCCGGCGCAUGUGGACCGUCGUGGUCUUCCUUCCAAUUGGCCCCCGCUGAACGUAAAGCUUGACUCCGCCAUCUUUCUCCCCGUAGCAGACUGCUUGUCUUGGCUCAGCCACCUGGCAUUAAAUUCAUCGAGUAGUGACAUCAUGACUUCCUCUAAGAAGCUGGCACGGUUGCCGCUUCGGGGAGGUGAAAAUGCUUGCUCGCUUUUCACUACAGGGCCAAACAGGACUGCCUACAUGUAUUAUGACAAACUCCCUGGCCAAAAAAACCCCUUUCUCUUAUUGUUUCUCUUUCUGUGUGUGUGUUAUUGCAAGCAGGAAUCAUUCGCCAGCUUAGCAAAAGGUUCCCAUAAAUGAACGGUGUUUUAUUAAGGUUGGGAGUUCGCCUUGGCGUUGGCAAGCUCCACUUGGCCCGGUCGUGGAAAUUGAUUGCAAUCUAACUAAGAGGCUCGGGGCUCCAGACUGUAUGCAUGCCAAGGUUUGGCUUGGUGGGCAGGGUGCCCGAGCCGGAGUCUGGGCUGCACUAACACUGAAGAAAGUCAUUUAGGAACGUAAAUGUCCUCUUCUCUUUUUUUACCCCCUCCGCUCCACUCGUCCAUUUCUUUUCAUUCUUUAAUCAAUCAUCUUGUCUGCGUCCUGAUCCACCUUCACCCGGUCUCUCCUCUCCUCAUCACUCCAUCCCCCUUGUCCCCCCCUCCUCCUUCCCAUUUCCCAUCUCAGAUCGAUGUCCAAUUCUCCUUGCUGGUCUCUCUCUCAUUCAGGAGUCCAUAGACGUACAGUAGAAGUAGCGUCUCUCGGUUUGCUGGCGUGUGCUGGUGGCUCUCUGCGGCACUUUUGGGGGGUGUUUUAGGAGAGGAAUCCAUUUGCUGUCGUCAGUCUACUCCGUAGACAGUUAAGUCUGUGAUAGUUUUUGUACACCCUUUUUUGGGAACGUUCAGGGAUUGUGCUUUUCGUACCUUUCCCCGCAUUGUCGUUAACUGCAACCUAGCUAGCUGCUUUGAAAGCAAGUGGCCCGGCUAGUGUGUCUAUAAGCUAGCUAUACUACAAAGGGUAAUGUGACCUGAAGCAGGGCCAGCUGUUGAACUUUUUUUUUUGUUUGUUUUUUUGCUAGGGCUCUCGAUAAGAUUUUGGGUUGAUGCUGUAGUAAACUCUGCUUAAACAGUAUUCUAUUUGGAGACGUGCAGCAGGAAACUUCAAACAAACCUCUGUUUAUCCCAUGUUUGCUCUGCAACACUCCUCAGCUUUUCACAGCAUCCGUGUCUGCAGACCAGAGGACGGGCUUUGUCUCAAAGAGCUUAUUGUCCACUUUGAAGAGUAACCCUUGAUUUGUAUUUAACACCGGUCGAAUUCUGCUCUGUGAAUGGAGAAAGGAAUACCUGCCUCGUACUCAACAAAGUGUUGUGUCUCUUAAAAACUAAUGGACCUGUAUUUGCCUGUAAUUUAUCGUCCUGUCCUUCGUCUUAGUUAAUGUGCUAGCAUGUAGCUUGCAUGAGAAAAGGUUGGAAAUGUAGAUAGUGUAGGAGAUAAGAAGUGCCGACAAGCACCUCUCCUGAGACAAGAGCGGCGGUCUGCCCGACUGACCCCCCUGCUGUUCUCUGAUCUGCAAACAUACACCGUGUCCCAGUUAAACCCGUCUGUACCUCCUCCACAGCAGUCCUCGGGAUAACACUGAGAAAACCGAUGAUGUAGGACUCAUUCUGCUUUUCCCCUCUACUGCUGCAUUAAACUGAUGUAGGGGUACAACGGCGUUGAAUUGGGACGUGCAGUCAGUCUACUUCAUAUUUCAUUGCAUCAGUGCAGUAAUGACUAGCUGUCACCAGAUGCCAGCAAACAGCAACUUUUCUUUGCCCUCUUCAGUCACACCAAGCUGUCCUGCCCCACCACUUGACUCACCAACUCCUCUUCAGGCAGUCGCACACUAGCUGCCAGUCAUCUCUUUAUUUUUGUAGUAUAAACAAAUUGAUUUUUAAAUUAUGUUUUGUAAAAGGUGUGCAUAAUCUUCAGUGUGUUACUUUUUAGUUCAAUUGAUCAUUUUCUCUUUUUUAAAUUAGAUUUUCCCAAUCUUGGAGGUUAGAAACAUUUUUGUUUGGCAUUUUAUUCUUUCAACAACCAUUUUUCUAUAAUUUCAUGUAUAUAGUGUUGCCUUUACUGGAUACUCUUACAAGCGCACCCAUACACACUUUGCACACACACUUUGGGUACAUACACAUCCACACACAUAUCUGGAUAUGCACGGCAGGCAUGACGUCUGUGACUAUGGUGUAUUUAUAUGUGUGUGUAUGUGUGUUUGUGUAUGAGUGUGAGGUGUGUAUUAAUUGACCCAAAACAGACUCCGGAGACACUCUUAUUACAUGUGUUGCAUUCACGAAAAUGUUAUGAUUUCGAUGACUAAAACAACGUCUUUGUUUCUCAGACUUAUUAUUUUGGAUGACAAGUCUUCCUUUUGAAUAAAUAUCCAUAUCACAUGAGAAUAGUGCUGUCAUGUAUGUUAAUUUGUACUAUGGCUGAUGAUGUCAUCAAGGCGAGACCCAACCGCAUGCUGUGGAGGGUUUGUGUCUGUUGGAUGUUCAUACCGUAUUUGUUUUAUUUCAUUUGGGUUCUUUUUUCUUUUCUUUUUUUAAAUACCAGUUCAGUUGUUGACUUCAAUAAACAUGCAUUUGGGUUAAUUUCA